AUGAACUCUAAAAGCUUAAUUGAAUAAAGUAAGUAUGAAGAAUAUUUACAAUCUGUAGAAUUAGAAUAAGUAACUAGACCUAAUCUCUUUAAACACCAAGAUUAUUAACCUGAAACUAUUUCUGUAAAUAAAAUAAAAUUAUCUAAAUAAGAUUAUUGUAGAGUCUUAUUUAUACCAACUCGUCUCUAUAAAAAUGACUUAUAUGAAAUAAAUUUUCGAGGAGAUUAAAUUAACUUAUUAAAUUGUAUGUAUAAAUACGGAAUCUAAGGGGAAAUAUCUUAUAUUUCUCUUUUAGAUAUAAGCAAUAAACCAGAGACUUUGAUAUCCUAUGAGUUCAAGAUUUAGGAUGCUUAAUCUAAAAUCAAUUUUAAAGCUGGAGUUUUAGGAGGUAAAUAUAUUUUAUUAUCACUAUAGUCAGCUACUGAAGUUGAAUUACAUAUUCUUAACCUUGAUCUAACAUUAAUUAUGAAGCAUAAUUUCAAAGACUCUUUCUAUAUAAAAGAUUAAGAAUAUAUUUUUGAUAAUCACAUGCCUGAAGAAGAUCUAGGCGAAUUUGAAAAUAAUAGUAAUAUGAAUUUGGUUGAUUGGAGAGAAAAGGAUUUAUUUUAAAAUUAAAUGUCAACUGACGAUAAUUCUGAUUAGAGUGGUAUUGCACUAUUAUCCUCCAAUAUUGUUAAAAAACUCAAUUGUUUACCCAUAUGUAAUGGCAAAUUAGGAAAAUCAUUUGAUAAACGUAUCAAAAAUUACCUAUAUAAUGAUAAUAAAUCUGAGAUAAUUUUUAUUGAAGAUGAUUAAGAUUAUGGAGGACCUUCAUACUAUAAUUUAUGUUCAAUUUUACCAAAAGAAUAAGAUGAUGGCUUAUAUAAUAAAGUUUUAGAGUUAAAAACAUAUAUUAUGUCAUACUCAAAAUUUGAAAAAGAUUCCUAUAAUAAUUUAUACUUACCUAUGACUUAUAAAGAAGAUGAAUAAUUAUAUUUUGGAAUAUAUGAUGUAAAUAGCAAAUCAAAAAGAAAAUAAGCUUAAACUAAUUAAAGACAACAUAAUAGAAUAUUCAUAAGUUGA